GUAAGAUUAUGAACUAUAAAAAUUCACUUAACUUCCAUGAUGAUAAUGAUAUAUCAGAAGAAGCAAAAAAUCUUAUUUGUGCCUUCCUUACCAACAGAGAGGAGAGAUUAGGGAGAAAUGGUGUAGAAGAAAUCAAAUGACAUCUCUUCUUCAAAAAUGAUCUGUGGGUUUGGGAAACACACACUCCGAGACACUGUAGCACCAGUUGUACCACACUUAAGCAGUGACAUUGAUACAAGUAACUUUGAUGAUUUAGAAAAUGAUAAAGGAGCUGAAAAAAUAUUCCCUGUACCUGAAGCUUUUGUUGGCAAUCAGCUACCUUUUGUAGGAUUUACAUAUUAUAGCAAUUCUAGAUAUUCAUCUUCAGCUAAUCCUAAUGAUAAUAGAAAGAGCUCCAAUGUAGGUAAAAGCUUGCAGGAAAAUUUGCAAAAACCCAUUUAUAAGCUGGAAGAACAGCUGCAUAAUGAAAUGCAAUUAAAAGAUGAAAUGGAGCAGAAGUGCAGAACUUCAAACAUAAAACUAGACAAGAUAAUGAAAGAAUUGAUUGAAGAGGGGAAUCAAAGGAGAAAUCUAGAAUCUAAAGUGUCUCAGGUUGAAAAGGAGAAAUUGUUGCUACAACAUAUAAUUAAUGAGUACCAAAGAAAAGUAGAACAGCAAAAUGAGAAGAGGAGGAAUGUAGAAAAUGAGGUUAAUGCACUAAAGGAUCCAUUGGAAGACUUAAAGACAAUAAAUCAGAAUUCACAGCUUGCUCAUGAGAAACUGGCACAAUUACAAAAGCAGCCAAUAGAAGCCAAUGACUUACUCAGGACAGAGUCAGACACAGCUGUAGAGUUAGGGAAGAGCCCCACAGAGACAAGCAAGGCAUUCAGUGAGCUGGAGUCCCUAACCAGGGAACUGCAGGAGAGAAAUAGAAUUUUAGAGAAUUCCAAGUCACAAAUGGACAAGAACUAUUACCAGCUGCAAGCUGUGUUGGAAGCUGAACGAAGAGAUAAAGGUCAUGAUUCUGAGAUGACUGGAGACCUUCAAGCUCAAAUUACAUCUUUACAAGAGGAGGUGAAGCAUCUCAAACAUCAUCUUGAAAGACUGGAAAGAGAGAGAAAAGAAGCUCGAGAUAUGCUUAAUCACUCAGAAAAGGAAAAGAGAAAUUUAGAAAUAGAUUUAAACUAUAAACUUAAAUCAUUACAACAAUUAGAACUAGAGGUAAAUGAACAUAAUGUAACCAAAGCUCGUUUAACUGACAAACAUCGGUCUAUUGAAGAGGCAAAAUCUGUUGCAACAUGUGGGAUGGAAAAAAAGCUAAAGGAAGAGAGGGGAUUAAGAAAAGAAAUUAAGAAAAGAAAAUGA